AUUCACUUUGUUCGGAAUUGACUACGAACGAAUUUAUAUUUACAUCAGCUAGUGAUAAGUCCUUACGAACAUGCACAAGUAUCCGAUAAUUCUACUCCUCUUAUCGUGUCUAUAUUCACAAGUAACUCCGCAAAAAAUUAUAAUUGUUGGAGCAGGGGCAUCGGGCAUAGCUGCCGCUACGAGGCUCAUAGAAAAAAAUGUUACGGACUUUAUAAUUUUGGAAGCUGAAGAGCGACUUGGUGGUCGUAUUCAUAGUGUGUUCUUGUUGGAUGGUGAUGAAGGUGGUCAUGUCGAUUUGGGAGGUGAAUAUGUUGGGGGAGAAGAAGGAAAUGUUGUUUAUGAAUUUGCCAAAGAACAUCUGAAGCAUUCUGAUGAAACUAAGAGAUCGCACAGUUAUUAUUCAGAUGGAUCUCUUGUUGAUGCCAAACUUACUGCUGAUGUUACUUCUUUCAAGGACAAUCUGAAGAAGGAAUAUGAGGGAAAAUCUCCUAUUUCUGUAGGUGCUGCCUUCAAUGAAAAAUACAAUGAAGCUGUGGUGAAAAAAUAUUCGAGUGAGCCACUGAAAUCCAAACAGGCUGUAGAAUUCAUUGGUACCUGUGAAAAUGCAUUUCUUCGUCGUAUUGCUGCUUUCGAUUGGAAUAAAUUACUUCUCAACGAUCACUUCAAACUGUGCAAGGGAGACCAAGAAAUGAAUUGGGAUGGUAAAGGUUUCAAGCAUUUUCUAGAUUUGCUAAUGAGGAAAUUUGGCGACGAACAUAGAUUGAGAUUGUUCCCAAUGUAUUAUUAUAGUACCGUUGAAACAAUAGAUUGGGCCAACGAAGGAAAAGUCAAAUUAAUGACCAAAGAAGGACAAAAAUACGAAGCAGAUCACAUUAUUUUCACGCCAUCUGUUGGUGUAUUAAAAGAAAAAAAUGAAAAGAUGUUUGUUCCCAAAUUACCAGCUAACAAAAUUGACGCGCUCGAGAGUAUAGGUUUUGACUCUACUAUGAAGGUUGUGCUUCAAUUUGCUCAAAAGUGGUGGAGUGAUGAUGUGCAGGAAUUCAACUUUGUUUAUAGUGAAGAAGAAAAAAAGAAAAUCAGCGAAGAAUUCAAAGAGGGACCCCAAAAAGAUGGCAAAUCUUGGCUGAACUCGUUUUACGGACUCUUUACUGUUUCUGGUCUGCCAAAUACUCUCAUUGGUUGGUUCACAGGACCUCUAGUUCCAGAAAUUGAAAAGUUGGACCCUGAAGUUCUCAAGAAAGGAAUGAAUAUUGUUAUAAAGAAAUUUUUGGGGAAAAAUUUCAAUGUCACCGAUCCUCUUAUAGUAAUACCAUCCAACUGGCAUUCCAAUUCUAAUUUCCGAGGAGUAACUUCCUAUGAAACCCUUGCUUCGGGAAAUAGAAAAACCCAAGUGCAAAAAGAUUUAGCUGAGCCAUUGUUCAACAAGGACAAUAUACCGACAGUAUUAUUUGCUGGGGAACAUACCCAUGAAACUCAUUUCGGCACAGUCCAUGGUGCUGUCGAAUCAGGUUAUAGAGCAGCUGAUCAACUGGUGGAACAUCUUAACAAAAUAAAAUAAAGACUAAGAAGAAAUUAUUUCUAGAGAUUACAUACGACUGUUUAUCUAUAGGACUUUUUAUAAAUAUAACUAGUAAACAAGAUUAAUAACA